UGCUUUAUAAAUCAUUUUCGAUUCGUUUUGCCUGACGUUCAUGGACGUGCUUCACAUAGUUGAACUGGUUUCGCAAUAGGAAAAUUUUCGUGUUUUCUUUCUAAAUGCAAAUGCAGCAGUAAAUUGUCAGUGUCUUGUCUCCGUAAAAACAUUUAGCAUUACAAAAUUCUCAGUGGAAGAUCAACCAAUUCAGGACGACUUCAUUUGGGCAAAAACCUUCGAUUUUAGAGAACAUUGCAAAACAUCUAACAUGCUGAUGAAAGUACCAUCUGUGGACUGGACGGAUCAAAUAGUGUAUAUAAUGGACGACGAGGAAUCUUUGUCGGACUUUGACGACGAACCAGAUUUCUCGGAAUAUAUGUGGAUGGAAAAUGAGGAGGAGUUUGAUAAGAAUGAACUACAACGGCUGGAGGAAGAAGAAAUCAUGCAGGAGUGCUUCGAGGCCAUGAUCGAGGAUGAGCUAGAGGAGCAAAUCAACGAGUGGGAGAAAGCAAAAACGGAAGAGCAGAAUUCGGCUCUCUCAGCGUUACCCAAAAGUCAAUGUAACGUAGAAAAAUCAGUGCUAAAUCCCAUGGCCGACGAAUUCAUACCUCGUUGCCACCAAAUCGAUUUUUCAGCUUCAUAAACGGCGAUUGUAAUGAUCAUGGAAUACAUAAAACCUCAAAAGGCAGCAUUUCAGCAGAAA